GAAAUCAUACUCCCCUUCCCUUCGUCUACAUUCAACGAACUUCUUCUUCUUCAAGUUCUUCAAUUCUCUUCUAUGCAUACUAGAGACGAUACUGAGAGACUAAUCAGACCCACCAUGGAAGAAGAACAAUCCACACGAUCCUAUUGGCGUUUCAGUAAGCUCGAUUUCUUCCCUGAAUCAUCAUUCCAAGAUUUCCCUUCUUACCGUUCCGCCCUUUCCCAAACAUGUCGCCGUCUCAAAGACCGUUUCUCCGCCCGAUCAUCCGAUUCCACCGAACUCGUAGAUCUUAAAAAAACAAGCGAAAACGAGAUGCAUCGUUGCCUCACUUGGUGGGAUUUACUCUGGCUUGCAUUCGGUUCAGUAGUCGGAUCAGGCAUUUUCGUUAUCACCGGUCAAGAAGCUCACAAUACCGCCGGACCCUCCAUUACAAUCUCCUACGCCGCCUCCGGCUUAUCCGCCCUUCUAUCCGUCUUCUGCUACACCGAAUUCGCAGUCGAGAUCCCCAUCGCCGGCGGCUCAUUCUCCUAUCUCCGUGUAGAAUUAGGCGAUUUCGUAGCAUUCAUCGCCGCCGGAAACAUCCUUCUUGAAGCAGUCGUUGGCGCCGCCGGCCUAGGUCGUUCAUGGUCAUCCUACUGCGCUAGUAUCUUCACUUCAAACACAGAUUUCUUCCGUUUUAAAAUCGAUUCGUUCGCAGAAGGUUUUAAUCUCUUAGACCCACUUGCCGUUUCAGUUUUAGCAAUCGCAAACAUAAUCGCUAUGACAGGAACCAAACACACAUCGUUGCUGAAUUGGGUCAGUUCCAUGAUCACCGCUGCUGUCAUAAUCUUUAUAAUCAUAGUUGGAUUCAUCCACGCAAACCCCUCAAAUCUAAACCCAUUCUUCCCCUUUGGAGCAGAAGGAGUUUUCGAAGCAGCAGCCGUUGUUUACUGGUCUUAUACAGGUUUCGAUAUGGUAGCAAACAUGGCGGAAGAGACGAAGAAACCGUCAAGAGAUAUCCCAAUAGGUUUGCUUAGCUCAAUGACCAUAAUAACUGUCGUUUACUGUCUAAUGUCUUUAGCAUUAACAAUGAUGGUUAAGUACACUGAAAUAGAUGUUAAUGCUGCUUAUUCAAUUGCAUUCGAUAGAAUUGGUAUGAAAUGGGCUAAGUAUUUGGUUAGCAUUUGUGCUCUUAAAGGAAUGACGACAAGUAUGUUAGUAGGUUCCAUGGGCCAGGCUCGAUACACUACUCAAAUCGCUCGAGCCCAUAUGAUCCCACCGUGGUUCGCAUUGGUCCACCCAAAAACAGGGACGCCAAUCUAUGCUUCCUUGUUAGUUACAAUCCUAAGUUGCAUAAUCGCUUUGUUUACUAGUUUGGAUGUUUUGUCGAGUGUUUUCUCGGUCAGCACACUCUUUAUAUUCAUGAUGGUUGCGGUUGCUUUGCUUGUGAGGAGAUAUUAUGCUAAGGAUGUUACGGGAAAGGUUGAAUUUUCGAAGUUUAUGGUUUGUUUGUUGGUUGUGAUUGGUUCUUCGGUUGGGAUAACAGUUCUUUGGAAUUUGAAUAAAAGAGGUUGGAUUGGGUAUUCGAUAUUUGGGUCGAUUUGGUUUAUGGGUACUUUGGGGAUGUCGAUGAUUCGUAAAUCGAGAGAACCAAAGGUUUGGGGUGUUCCUUUGGUUCCUUGGCUGCCUUCGAUUUCAAUUGGGAUGAAUUUGUUUUUGAUUGGUUCGCUUGGUAAGGUUGCUUUUAUUAGGUUUUUUGUUUGCAGUGCUGCGAUGGUUGUUUAUUAUUUGUUUGUCGGUCUUCAUGCAACUUAUGAUCUUGCACACGACCACGGGGAUAAACUUCAAUUGUCGAAGGACGGUUUCUAAAGCUUUAUUAUGUUGGUGGUGGUUGUACAUGAAUUAUUCAAGAAUUGUAAAAUAAGAUUCAAUCUUUCCUACUUUAAUUUGAUAGCCAAAUGAUAUUUGAAUUUGAAAUUAAUAAUAUUAAGAGCUAGUUUAUCUU